UCAGAGUUGAAUGUUUGACAGAAAGCUGAAUAUGGAUUCCAUAUUCCAUGAGAAACAAGAGGGCUCGCUUUGCGCCCAACACUGUCUCAACAACCUCCUGCAGGGUGAGUAUUUCACUCCUGUUGAUCUGUCCUCCAUUGCUCAUCAGCUUGAUGAGGAGGAGAGAAUGAGGAUGGCUGAGGGAGGUAUGGCCAGUGAGGAGUAUAGGACCUUCUUACAGCAACCAUCGGGGAACAUGGACGACAGUGGAUUCUUUUCAAUACAAGUCAUUAGCAAUGCUCUGAGAGUGUGGGGCUUGGAGCUAAUCCUUUUCAAUAGCCGGGAGUACCAGAGCCUGAUGAUUAAUCCAAUAAAUGAGAAAGCCUUUAUUUGCAACUACAAGGAGCACUGGUUUACUAUACGCAAACUUGGACAACAGUGGUUUAAUCUAAAUUCACUGUUGACUGGACCGGAGUUGAUAUCAGACACCUAUCUAGCACUUUUCCUUGCACAGUUACAACAAGAAGGUUAUUCCAUAUUUGUGAUCCGGGGGAACCUCCCUGAGUGUGAAGCAGAGCAGAUCCUUGGGAUCAUGAGAGUUCAGCAACAGCAGCGACCACGGCUUAUUGGAGAAGAGGAGGCCCAGACAAGUGCAGGCAGAUCAGCAGCUCUGGCCCAGACGGAAAUGGGAUUUGGUGUAGAGGAUGAGGUUGUGGAUGAAGAUGAAGAACUGAAGAGAGCUCUGGCACUCAGCAGGCAGGACAUAGAUGUGGAAGAUGAAGAAGCUGAUCUUCGUAGGGCCAUACAGCUCAGCAUGCAAGGAGCAGUGAUGAGCAACAAGUCCUCAGAGUCUGAAAUGGGAAAUGUAAAAUCAGGGAGUGCUGCAGGAGGACAAAGAGAAGGCCAGAAUGAGACGCUCACAGCUGAGGAACUGCGAAAGAGGAGACAAGCCUAUUUUGAUCGGCAGCAGCAACAAGCUCAGCCGAACAUUCCUCAACAACCAGAGACAAAAUCAACCGGUGGCUCAGGAUCAGUAAACACUGACGCGGAGGACCAACAACAAAAGCCCAGCCAGUGAAGGUGUGAAAGGUUUGCCUAUGUUGUUUACCAGCUGCCUGGAUUAGCAACCCCAUAUAGGGGUAGCUUUGCUCCUUCCUCUAACCUUUUGCCCAUGCGAACAUAAGGACAGUCAGAAGGCUGACAUGUUUCCCCUGGUUAGUUCGCUGACAGGCUAUAGAGAAGAGAACAACGGCAAAGAAAAGGCAGCAGUUAGUCUAAUCUAACUCACUGAGGCUGGGAAAAGGGUGACCACAGAACUCAUGAUGCAGUUAAUCCAAGUUUGCAAUUGCCUUUUUACCAUGGCGCCUUCUAUUUCUAUUGUAUCCUGUUUUUUAUUCUCGUUUUUCCUCUGGAAGAGGUGGAAUCUUCAGCAUACAAAGGGUGUGUUUACUUGAGUGGGCAAGUACAUACAGAGAUGAAUACACAGAUGAGUGUUCUGUGACAGUCAUAGGAGACCAAUGCCAAGACCACAGCUUAAAGCUUGAUAACGACAGAGCCUCCUUCCCUUAUAUUGGACUUGCAUUUGUAGGAUGUGAUUCCAGCGCCUGCCCCACCAGAACACCAUUGUAGUUUUGAAAUCAUUUCUUGUUGCAGUGUACUGAAAUAUCUUUUAGCCAGCAGCACUAACACGUGUGGGUCAUUUAUUCCUGACAUCAUCAGUCAUAUUACUUAUGAAUGUCUAGAGUAAACUCCUACGUCAUUUAGACAACAACAUAUUUUUGGUGUUGUGGCUUUGUUUUUACCUUUAAGUGUAUACGUAGGCAUAAUAAAUUAUGUAAGAUUACACAGCUUACAAACACUUAACUUAAGGGUGAUUUGUCCAUUUUGGAUGGACGGUGCACAACGUAAUUCUAUAGAGCUAUUUGCUGAAUCUAAGAUGCUUUUGACUGAUGCAUAUUUUUCAUAUCUUGUCCAGAAUAAGUUGACAUGUAAAGGGGAACAAAGAAGCACUCUGUAAACAACACCAUGGAAUAGCAGCUGAUAGAUUAAAAAAAUCCAUUGUUCAUUUUUCCAGCACAGUAUGAUCACUUCAAACUAAAAGUAGUCUGACAUGUCCAGCCAGCCUUCCUUGUAUGUGACUUCAUCUGUUGUUUCUCCUCAUCAGUAUUUGUCAUAUAUAGCCCCUGAAAUGCUUGUGUGAUUGCACUGGUUUGACCUGCCCUGUAUUCCAGUAACACUUAGAGCAUUGCUGUACCCAUUCGUCGUACAAAAAUAUAUGGAUUUGCACUGAGGUUGCCAUGGAUUGAAGCUAUGAAAGCUGAUUGAUGUCAGAAAUAACAUUAAAAUAGCGAAAUGAAGGGUGACUGUUAUUUAUCAACAUGCUUUGUGUUUAAAAUCCAAAGAGAGAACCACAACAUCAAAAAUGUUUCACCUUGCGUACACUUUGAAGCGUUCAUUGGGUUUUAUUUGACCUUAUAUUUGACAUUUGAUUCUGACUUGUUUAAAUCUCUCUCAUCUUCCUCUAUAAACUUCUGUUCGAUCAUGGAAACAAAAUCUGGUUACAACACACAACAUUAACAAAUAGACCACAUUACAGCAUUUAAAGAGUGAACUUUGUUUACAGUUAUUAUGUUUCCUGGAACCGAUGUUCAGCAUGGAUAUAUCUUGAUGCUUCCACAAAAGUAUUGGAUGUCAUGCAAACUUUGACUUCUUGUGCUGGAUGAUUUCCAAGAAGAUUCCGUGAUUUCAUUAUUGUGUUUUUUUUUCCCCUUUGGAUCUGUUAGUUGUUGUUGUUGUUUUAUUUCUAUUCAAAAUGCACUUGUGAAAGAGCAUAAAAUGUUGGUAGCUGGGUUUUUAUCAUUACAUUACUUUCACUCACUACAUUCUUACAGGAAUUACUCAUAAUUUUUGUUAUAUUUCACAUGUUACCAUAGCACAUUAUUUCAUUUGAUGUAUUCGUUCUUGUUCCAGGAUUAAAGUGACAUUCACU